GUAAUUAAAAGUGCUAAUCUUGUACUUAUGGAAAUUAUGCUUGUAGGCGCGAUUCUUCUAUAUUCAACGAUUGUUGUUAUGUAUUUUCCUGUCAGUGAUAUAACAUGCCUUAUUCUUCCAUGGUUUCGUGAAGUUGGUUUUUCAGUUAUGUAUGGUGUAUUAAUCGUAAAAAUCUAUAGGGUUCUAUCUGGUUUUCAAUCCCGUAAAGCUCAUCGAGUUCAUGUUCGUGAUAAAGAUAUAUUAAAAUAUUUAGGAAUAUUUAUUAUAUUAACAUUUACUUAUAUGAUUGCAUGGACAGCAAUUAAUUUAGAUUAUAUUCAUCAUAAAUCAUGGAUUCAAAAUAAUCAUUUAAUAAUCAAUAAAUAUCAAUUAAAUAUACCAAUAAUUAGUAUGAAACAAGAAAGUUAUAUUCAAAUUAAAAAAAUCAAUAAUUCUAAUCAUUUGGAUCGAUUCAAUUCAAAAAGUUUACAUCAUAAUAAUAAUAAUAAUAAUAAUCAUUAUAAUAAUAUAACUAAUAAUAAUAAUAAUCAUAAAAAUCAAUUUAUCAAUGAUUCCAUAGAUGAUAUAAUCACUUUUGAAGUAUGUCGUGCUAUGUCAUGGGAUAUUGUAGUAGAAUUAGCUGAAUUUAUUAUCUUGGCUAUCAGUAUACAUUAUUGUCGUCUUGUACGAACAGCUCCAUCUGAAUAUAAUGAAACACAGUAUAUUGGUGUAGCUUUAAUUAUUGAAAUGACAGUAUCUGGAUUUCUAUAUAUAUUAAGACAUUUCAUUUGGUACAGUGUUCAUCCUGAUUAUAUAUUUCUAUUAUAUUUUGCACGAUCUCAUAUAACUGUAACAGUGAAUCUUUUAUUGAUUUUUGUACCAAAGAUAACCUUUUUAUGUCGUUCAUCUAAAUCAUUAUGUAAUACUGCUCGUCAACGUGGUUCACCUGGUGCUUCUUAUCCUGGUGAUCCACAUUUACCAAGUAGUGGAAAAUUAAAUUUAGUAUCAAAUGGUGAUCUAGAUAUUGCUGAUGUGAAUUUAGCUGAUAUGGAUCCUGAAGUAAUAAGGCGUGAAUUAAAACGUCUUUAUACACAAAUUGAAUUGUAUAAAACGAAAGCAAUGCGAAAAGAUAAUCCACAUAUAAGUAAACGUAGAGGAGGACGAAAACAACGUCGAUUCUCAUUACAACCAUUUCAUAAACGACAUCAUGGACAAACUUCAUCUAGUAUUAGUGGUAAUGUUAUGCCAAAUGAUACAGGAUGUUGUUGUACAGAAUGUCAAUCAUCAAAAUUUACUAUACGAUUAUGUCCACAUUAUUGUAAUCGUCAUUUAAGUAGUAGUAGUAAUAGUAGUAAUACAUGUCAUAAACAAUCACCAAAUGAUAAUAGUGGUGGUGGUAGUGGUGUUGGUGGUAGUGGUGGUGGUGGUGUUGGUGGUGGUAGUAGUAGUAGUAAUAGUGGAAUAAAUCGUGUAAACUAUUCAACAAUAUUACAUGAUGAAGAAAUUUCUAAAUUAUCCGAAGAAUCAACAAAUAGUGGUGUAGAUGAUCAAUUAUCUAUUAAUAAUUUAGUAUCUAUUCAACAACAAUCACAGAAUAAAUUAUCAAGUUCUAUUCAUUCAGAUAAUAAACAAAUCAAUGCCUUAGCAACAAUCCAUAGAAAUGAGAAUAAACGUUCCAAAUGUAAAUCAAUAAAUGAUACAAUAAGAUAAAAUCCUACUAUUAAUAUUUAACUUUUAACCUGUGAUGAAAGAAACAUAAACGAAUAAAUUCGGGCAGUUUCGAGAGAGAGGCAGAGAGUUAUACAGAACCAUCAUUGUUCAUCUUUCAUAAACCUCUAUUCUACCUAUGUAUGUAUGUAUGUAUGUAUG